AUGAUACGGAAUCAACUCCUCCGAGGCCAGCGCCUCGUCUUUCAGUUCUCAAUCGCUCAGAUCCGUCCGUUCUCGGCCUCAUCUCCUCCUGCCUCCGAUUCGAAGACGGUUGCGCCGAAACCUCCCGAUAUUGACCCUCGAUGGCUUACAAUGACAAAGCGGAGAGUAGGGAGGUGUAUGAUGUUUGGAUUGAAACCUGAUCAGAUUCAGGAAGCCGGCGAGAUCCUGCAGCAAAUAGCCCGGGAUUGGCGGGAGCUGAUUGCGGGCAGUGAAGGGUAUUUGACAGAGGAGACGCGAAGAGGAUUGUUCCGGCAGCGUGUCGCGUGGGGUGAAAUGCAUGGACAUGUCAACAACGUGACAUACGUUAGAUACGCCGAAACCGCACGAGUAUAUUUCACCCGAAACUUCGCCGUCCACAUCGAUCCCUCGCAUAAGGAGGAAUGGAUGAACCUUGUCAGUUCCAGGGGACUCGGGAUCAUCCUUCGCAGCAUUAAAGUCGACUACAAAUUUCCCAUGCAAUACCCAGACAAGGUCACAGUGUAUCACAAACUAGUUCACGACCCUGCAUCCCCCCAGUUUUCUCAAUACGCGUUUCACCUCCAGGCCACGAUACUGUCCGAAGCGCGUCAGCGGCCCGCAGCACGGUGCCAUGAGGACCUAGUGACGUACGAUUAUAGGCUAGGGAAGAAGGCGGCGAUCCCGCCGUUUCUCAUGGAGCAAUUCCAGAGAACGUGGCAGCUCCAGGAAGAAGCUAAGAAAAUCUGGCGCCAGCGGAUUCUUGAUAUCGAGGCGGCGGUUAGGAAGUUAGAAGUAGAGAGUUGGGAUCGAGAGGAUGCCGUUGAAGAUAUGGGUUCUGCAAAGAAAUAG